AUGCAAAAAACAAUUGCCAAAGUCCCCUCCAUCUUCCACCCCACUGCUGCUGCUGCUGCUGCUGCUGCUGCCGAAGACGCCCUCCCCGCACCCCCCUCCAAGGGCAGGCCCAUCCAGUGCACCAUCCUCGAGGUCAAGGCCGUAGAGGGCCUGGGGACCACGCUGGACGUGAUUCUGGUGCAGGGGGUUUUGUACGAAGGCGACCGCGUGGUUUGCUGCGGCAGCAAAGGGCCAAUCGUGACUUCCGUGAGGGCUUUGCUGACCCCUCAGCCUCUCAAGGAGAUGAGGGUUAAGGGAGAUUACCAGAGUCAUUCCUUUGUAGAAGCAGCAAUGGGAGUCAAGAUUGUUGCACCGGGCCUGGAGGACGCGGUGGCGGGGACUUCGCUGUUCGUGGCGGAGAAGGAGGAAGACAUUGCGGAGUUGGAGAGCGAAGUGAUGCAGGAAGUUUCUUUGGUUUUGAAAAAAGUCGAAAAAACCACAAAUGGAGUUUAUGUCAUGGCCUCCACUCUCGGGGCCCUCGAGGCCCUCCUCGCCUACCUCGAGGACUGCAAAAUUCCCGUCUUCGCCGUCAACAUCGGGACUGUGCAGAAGAAAGACAUAAAGAAGGCGUCGGUGAUGCGGGAAAAGGGUUUUGCGGAGUUCGCGGUGGUUUUAGGGUUUGAUGUUAAAGUGGAUGCAGAAGCAGAAAAAGAAGCCAAAACCCUCGGAGUUAAAAUCUUUUCUGCAGAAAUCAUUUACCACCUUUUCGACCAGUUCACCAACUACUUCGAAGCCGUCAAACAGUCCAAGAAGAUUUACUACGUUUAG